CAGGCACGUUACAUGAAGCCCCAGACGUUUCUGCGCAGAAAGGAGUUUCGUUUCCGUGGUUUCCCUUGCCUUUUGUCACUGAAUGCUACCAGGAAAUACAUGCUUCAUUAAUGAAAGAGACUCUCACAAACAUACACUCAACUGGACUACGUUAUAAACUGACAGUUUAUAUUUCGGUUAACAUGUCGGCAACUAUUUGUGCCUUCAUCCUGACGUCUUCAGCGCUAUGUGGAUCCAGAGGAUUUUAUCAUUGCACUGCUGAUACAUGAUUGACUGAUUGGAUAAUUGCAGGUGCACAAGGGUUUGUAAUGUGUACGUGGUAUCAGGAGUCCUCAGCAGACCGACAAAUGUCAGCUUAACCUCCUACAACAUGAAUCUGGUGCUGAAGUGGAAUGCACCUGAAGGGGCAGCCAGCAGCGUGGUCUACACAACUGAGUACAAAACUUCAGUCACAACCUACAUAGUGGGCUGUGUGAACAUCUCCACACUUGAAUGUGACUUCACUCGCCUCAACAUCUCCAUCCGUCCAUCCAUUGUUGAGUAUGGAAAGUAUACCAGCAGAGUGCGUGCACUAUCGGGGUCAGAGAGUUCCGCCUGGGUGGAAAGUAACCACAUUACCUUGGACAAAGAUACCAUCAUUGGUUCACCCAAUGUGUCUCUCUUCUCCAAUGGGGCUACUAUUGAAGUCAGCAUUGAAGAUCCAGUGUUAGCGAUCUCAGCACUCAGAAAUGUAUACAUCUUUGCCACUUACAACAUAACCUACUGGAAGGACAGCCAGAAGGAAAAGGCGAGUCACAUUAGCAAUAUACAGCAAAAUCGGGUGUUUCUGAAUGACCUGGAACCAUGGACCAAGUACUGUGUCCAAGUCAAAAUAAACACAGAGAGAAACCCAAGGCCUAGCUUGCUCAGCAGAAUUAUCUGUGAGAGUACCACCAAAGAAGAAGAAGCUCCGUGGGUCGCAGCCAUGGUGACAUUUGUCUUCAUGGCAAUGGCAGUGGCUCUGGUGGUGGUCACGGCGUUGUAUCGGAAAAGUAUAUCCCACUUUCUUUGUCCAAAAGAUGCACUGCCUGAGCACUUUAAAGAGUACCUGCUGGCACCCCCCAACUCCACCGUCUACCUGGCCAUGCGGAACCCCCCCCCACUCAAGGAGAUAUUCCACCAGGUUAGUAUCAUCGCAGAGGACAAGACUGUGGACGAAGGGGGCCCUCUGGAGGUAGCAAAGACUACCAGCAGCAAACAGCCUGAUGUUACAGUGGAGGAGAGAUAGAAGGAUGAAAUUAUCAGCUGGGAUGAGUUUAAAGACAUUGAGAAACAGUGAAAUAUUCUGGCUUGCUUGACUUCAGAAUUAUAAUGCAUCAAAUUCUGCAGCAGUCCCGUAUUAUUCAUCGAAGCAGGUGUUAAUGUGAAAUGAUUGUAUGACCGAGUAGGUACAGGAUUGAUAGCUCAUCCAGGUGAUGUUAUUUUUGUGCUGUUCAGUCCUAAUGUUGCUUGUAGUAUUACCACACACUGUACGUAACUGAAGGAGCAUGGCGUGCCCCAUUGGAGCUGCCUACACUAAAUAUUUAUGCUGCAAUGGUGCUACAAGAUGCCCGUCCCCCAUUCUCUGUAUAUGAUUCGGUAUUUUUAAAAUAUGGACUUAAAAACUGCAUAAACUGCCAUUCAAUUGGCACAAUUUUAUGAAGCAUAUGUAGUUUUAAUUGCCUCAUUGUGGCAAAUUAAAUUCAGAACUCAGAAGUGAUAGUUCAGUGAAGUUAGAACCAAAAGUGUGUUUAUGAUGGUCUCUUGCAGCAAGGCAAAAAUAAUGUCCAGCUCAAAGGUUUAGACAUGAAUGUUGCAUUGUUGAACUUAAAUAAAGUCAUUAUUUGAACAUG